GCCCCGCGACAGGGCUGAAACAGGAGCUCUUCCACCGGCACAAGGAGGCCCAGCAGUGCUGCCGCCCCCACAACCUGCCGCUGCUCCGCGCCGCCCAGCAUCGCGAGAUGGAGGCUGUGGAGCAACGAAUUCGAGAGGAGCAGCGAAUGAUGGAUGAGAAGAUAGUCUUGGAACUGGACCAAAAAGUGAUAGACCAACAGAGCACUCUGGAGAAGGCUGGGGUGUCUGGCUUCUACAUCACCACCAACCCACAGGAGCUGACUUUACAGAUGAAUUUACUGGAACUGAUUCGCAAGUUACAACAGAAGGAAUCAGAGUCAGAGAAGGCUUUUUCCUGAAUGAGCAAAUCUGCUGUUUACUUCCCAGAGUUUUCUUCUGACUUCCCUCUAAAGAAUAGACUGUUAAUGCAUUUGCUUUAUAUUGUGUCAGGAAGAAGCUACUGGCUGUAGAAGAAAUAGCUGAGGCCCUUAGAUAUCCUUAGAGCUGGGUGAAGCAGACCCCCAGAGCAGGGGGGUGGCUGGAGAGCAUCAAACUGCCUCUCCAGUCCUCAGAGCAAGAUGUGUCCUGUGGGUCUUGCUAAAACAAGAGUUGAUGGAGAGGGUUCAUCUGCACGCACAGCCUGUGGCACUCGUGACACCAUUUACUAAGCCAGGGGACACAGGGCCAGGCUCCCAGGCUGCGAAGCCAGCCUAGCUGUGUAUGGGUGAGCCCUGUGCUAGGGUGACUCAGCUCAGCGGGUGAGCAGCAUGGUCUCCUCUUCCGAUUCAAGGAGGAGGAGUGAGUGUCUCUGGCAGGGGAUGGGAGAGGGAGCAGCUGCCCCAUCGGACUGGGAAGCGAAGUGGACUCGCCAUCCAGUGCCACCUCACCAUGGCAGAUGGUUGGCAGCUGGGAAAAAAAGAGUUCAAGGUUUAUCUACAAAAAGAUGCUUCUCUGUGUGUUGAGGCAAAAAACAACCUCUUGAACUUAGAGACCCUUCCCAGCGAGACCUCUAGGCAGAUAACAGCCCUGGCUUUAUUAGAGGAGGAUUUCAGGCCUCUGCCUGCCAUUACUGGACUGUGGCAUUUGCAGUGUUCCCACCCAGCUCAGAAAGCAGAGAAGGAUUGAGGGCUUUUGCUUUGUUACUUUAAACCAGUUUCCAAGUGGAGAGAAAUAAAAUAUUCUGUCUUGUCUUCUGGGGCUGCAAGCUUUCUAAA